UCAGUACACUGUUAUAAUUCACAAAUAAUCAUCGCAAUGUAUAACUUGCUUAGCUUACUCGCAGCUCUGGUGAGCGUUUGCGGCGCUUCCAGACCGUGUAACGAACAAUUUGAUUUAAAUGGAUGUAUUAGUAGCGGUAAUAUAACUAACGGCCGUUCAUUUCCUUACCGAGUUUCUAUACUGCAUGUUACUAACCGUUUUCGUGGUACUGGCGUGAUAUACAACAGAAACAUUAUCAUAACGUCGGCUCAUGUCGUUUCUGGUGUAACACCGUCUGAAUUGAAAGUGCGUGCUGGAUCUUCUUCGUGGAACAAGGGCGGUAUCUUAAUGCAGGUUUCAAGGUAUCAGUUACACGCAAAAUUUAAUCCAAAGAAUCGGGCUUACGAUAUAGCAAUUAUCCAAUUAGCUAAUAACUUCAUAUAUAAUACUCAAAUCAAGCCUAUUCCACUUUGUGUUAAUGCCGCUGGCUGUUACGCUUCCGCAGCCAGUGCCCUUGGCUGGUGUCCUACUGAUAAAACUGCUAAUAAUAAAGAUCCGUUUUCGUUAAUAUCAGCCAGCUCUGCCCUUAUGAGUCCGAAUGAAUGUCAUUCCCCAUUGGGCGUCAGUUCCCUUAAUGAUGUGCCUGAAAUUUGUGCUGAAAUUCCCACAAACGAUGCUUGCAUAGUGGAUUACGGUGCUCCGUUGGUGUCAGAUGACUUAUUGCUAGGCCUUGGAGUUAAAAUUGCGGGUUGCGUUAGUGGAAAAUGUUUAGCUCUCUUUACAAAUGUUUAUCAUUUUCAGGAUUGGAUACACGCUACCGUCAAAGUAAUGAAUUAA